ACACAUUAGUUUUGAAAAGUUUAAUUACACAGGGCACAGGGAGAAUGACGUCAAACUUAUAUCAGCAGUCCAUUAGCAAUGGACAACUGCUUACAGUCCCUCGCAUCCCGCUCAAAACAAAACGCAAGGCGAGACGCUCGACAAUCUCUGGCGGCAAACGAACACCUUUACCUAUGGAUAACAGGCCCAUAUCACAAAGGGUUUUCCUCUAUAUGCAGCUGAAGAACGUUUCAAACCUGCCAGUGGUUGCAUAUCCGUUGGAGCUGCAUUUAUACCAUGCGAGAAACACGCUGCAGAAUAUGUCGGAGCACUACACAACAGAGACGAUUAUCCAUCAGGACGAGUUCAACAUGGAUAGGCCAGCGUUUGCGUUGGGUAUUAUUCAGGACGAUAUAGAUGAUAUGAACUCAUUCAGUGAUAAUCCGCUGGUCGUCACCAUGUAUCAGCGCAUUCCACGCCAUCUGAAGCGCGAGCUUAUUACCGUGGACAAGGUGCGAACACAGGCGUCAAGUUGGCAGAUUACGAUAGAAAAACAGCCUGAGAAGCACUUGGCCAAAGCGCCAACGGAAACAGAUAAAGCUGCUGGGGAUGCAACCAAAGAAACUGAUACUGUUACCGAAGGGCAGGCCUCCAUAGAGCCAGAUGCAUUCACGGGCGAGGGCGCUGAGGAAGACGACGAUGAAUAUAUUGAAGAAAGUCUGGAAUUAGUAUCGAGAGGCCAUUGCGAUCUGUUGCAACUUUUUCAGAGUAAGCGCUUCAUCAGCAACAUUCCGAUCAUGCUGUACCCGGAGUACGAUCGCAAAUUGCAGACGCGCACUGCCCAAAAGAUAACCACCACCAGCGAGUGGCACAUGUACUCCAUACUGCCCAUACUCAAAAAUAUACAUUUUACAAAUCUGGUCUUUAUCACGCUGGAAUCCAUUUAUAAUGCGCCCGAAGAUCUGCAUGAUAGAGCCGCACACUUGGGCAUGAUUAUCUCCAUUCGCUCCACAAGGCCAGACCUGAAUGAUCAGUAUGAGGUGCUGCCCCUGUGCACCUUCUAUAGCUUUGGUUCGCAGAUCAUCAACGAACAGAACAUUAUCAUCGUGUGGGAGAGCAUUAAGCGCGACCUCUUGGGUAAGGCGCCCCUCGGCGUUGCCAACAUUCAAAUGGAAACAAAUUUGCGCAUCAAGGUGCAUCGCCUGUUCCGGCAGUUGCUCAUGACGCAGGGAGUUGAUUUCAAGCUAGAAGAGAUUAAUCCUGCAGUAGACAGCGCACUGGUCAAUAACUCGCUGCAUCGGUAUGUAAUAACCACGCAGAUGCGAGAAAUACUCGAAGCCGCCGUUGUGCACAAUCAUUACGAGUUGCUCCUGCAGCUCUACGAUGAAAUACCUCUCAAUGUAAUGUACGAGGGCGUCAUAAAUCCAAGCGUCUUUGGCUAUCCAGAGGUAAACGCGUGCCGCUUUGCCGCUGAGCUGACAGCAGUCAGCAAAAAAACCACUAGAAAGACAUUCAGAACGGCAGAAGAAUCUCCGCCAGAACUGCCCAUGUUUGCCAUUCUGAACUUAUGCUUCUUUCAAACGCUAACAAAGCGCAAUGAGCCUCUGGAUGCCUACAACGAGAGCGACUUGAAGUCCGCCAAGCUGCGUCGCUGCACAGCGGUUAAUUUUCCGAACGAGGACGAUAACGCUCGUGACAUUUUGAAGGAGCUGUAUCGCAACUUCGACGAGCAUAUCAAGGAGUUGAUCAGUUUCAUCAUUAAGAACGAUGUGACCAGCAUUGAGGAGAGGCACAACUUUUUCUGCUGCAAUUUGAGUAACCUUAGGGAUCUGCUAGUCGACAUUUGUGGCUGCGAUUUCAAUGUGCGCAUGCCCACCAAGACUAACAUUGAAUUUCGGGAGAUGCUGACGCACAUGCACAAGGAGCUGAUGGAGCGCAUCAUUUGCCUUCUGAAUGACUGCAGCUGGGAGGCUCUCAGCAACUGCGUGCUCAAUCAAAACAACGAUCAGCCGCGGAUAAGGCGCCUCAUGGAGGAGUAUCGCAACUUGUGCAUCAUUGGCGACUGCGUGUUGGCCAAGCAGCUGUUCACCGAGCUCAAAGCUGGCUGCACCAAUAAAUUGCUGCUCAGUUUCUACGUGUUCCUCAAUUCUGUCGAGAGCCUUAACUUUGCGCAUGCCACCAACUACUUGCAAACUCAAAAGGAGCUCAAAUGGCAGGGCGAAUACUUUGUAAAUCUUGUGAAGCUUUACAUUGAAUACAAGGUGCAGUUGAAGUCGGAGGAGCUGCUGGACGAGGCCUACAGCGAUAUGAUUGAAAAGCUGCGUGUCUUCGCCAGCAACAACAACUUGGAUCGCGAGGCGUGGGUGCUGUUGUAUUGCUUCUACAAGCAGAAAAACUAUCUGCCCGGCAUGGAGUUCACACGCUGGAGGUAUGAGAAUCUUUAUGAUGUACCGGGCAGAGCAAUGCCGUUGAUACCACGGUCACUCUUCGAGACCUUUAUGCCCGACGAUUUCAAUAUAACUGCCAAGAGCGUACAUAUUGUUAAGUUCUAUGAGGUAUUCCAGACGUUUGCACGUCUGGGCGCAUACGGUUUUGCAGAGGCAGUAUUUAAUGAAAUCGCACAUGAGUUCUCGACUAUUGAAGUGUAUUUGAUACAGACCACAUUGAAGUUGCUGCAGGGUGAAAUUGACAAGAAGUUCACAGUUCGCAAAUUACCCACAGACAACAGCGCGCGCGGCAAUCUAAUGCGGUUCUAUCAAGCUCAUAUCAAUGGCAACGUGGAGUAUUCACGUCGAAAUUACGAUGAGGCCAUCAAAUACUUCAAGGACUUAUUGAAUAUCAAUUUGACCGAUACGGAUAUACUGUCAGUAUUUUAUCUGAGCUUGUUGCGUUUGGCGCGUUUAAGUUUUGAGCGUGGGGACUAUGAAUUGUCCAUGAGGGCCUAUGAAUUGUGUGUACCAUCAAGCAAAAAGGAAAAGAACUUUUUGGCCAACUAUGGCAUGGGCUUGUCCCUGUACUACUUGAAUCGACUUGAGGAUGCUAUCGAAUAUCUGGCUCGCAGCACUGAAGUUGAUAUUUUUCUGCCCGAUCCCUGGGGCUACUUGGCCACCAUAAACUUGCGCUUGGAUCGCAACAAGACGGCACUGAACUGCUGGAAAAUAGCCAAAAAGUAUCCAGAAAUACCCUUGAACGGUCGCAUCUAUGCCGAACUCGAAAAAAUCAACUAUUCCGAUGUCUGUUUGCUAGUGGAAGAUGACUGCAGGCCCACGUAAAUAUGCUAUUCUUCCGAUUAGCGGAUAGUUUCACAAAUUCAUUUUUAGUACUUGAAAAAUGCAUAUAUUUUGUGAUCAUGUUUCACAUACAGAGAAGAGGUUCAAUUUUAA